CCGCCCACUUAGUAAAGGACUGUGGCUAAUCUGCAUAUGCACAUUAGCUCUAUUACCUAUUAGCGGAUUAAAAAGAUUUAAAACAAAGAGGAAGUAGGAAAAGAACUACAUUUCCUAUCUGCCCUGGCUGUCACAGACUAAUAGCACCAGCUGCUUUCCAUUGCCCUAAGGAGUGAUUCUACUGCUGCAACGAGACCAAAUACAACGAAAGUAUUGAUGCUGCAAAAGAAGACGGAUCUUUUGGUAGGCUGGUUAAUGAUGACCACAAGCACCCAAAUGGCAGAAUGCAGAAGACUGAAGUGGAUGGAAGCCCAUAUCUUUGUCUGUUUGCUUUAACAGACUUUAAAGAAGGUGAUGAAAUUACCUGCAAUUACGGAGGAGGAGACUGGCCUUGGUGUAGCAAGGUAAAACAUCUACUCUGAAAAAGAGGAAGGCUCGGGAAGGAAAUGAGGUCCAUGCAGUGGAGAGACAUAUGAAGACCUUCAUCAUGUCGUGUCGUGUCCCAGGGAAGUUGGCUGUGGGGGUGUAAACUGACAGAGGAAAGCUGUAGAGUUCUGUCCUCAGUUCUCAGAUCAAACUCCUCCAGACUGAGAGAACUGAACCUGAGUGUCAAUAACCUGCAGGAUUCAGGAGUGAAGCUGCUCUCUGCUGGACUGGAGAAUCCACACUGUACACUGGAGAUACUGAGAAUAAACGGUUAGGAAGUGAAAGUGAAAGUCAGUCUCCAUUUUGUGUGGAGGGGAAAAUACAGCAUUUCAGGAGUAAAAACACAAGACUAUUUCCUGUAAGUGAACUCUGUGCUGAUACAGGGGUUGAUUUAACACACCGAUGUUGGAGUGAAGUAAACGUGUGUCCUGCUGUAAUCUGGAGAAGGAGACAUGACCUCCAACAUGAGUGUGUCUGGAGAACAGGACUUAAAGAGAGACGAGAGAAUGAUGGAGGGAAAGAGAUCAGACUCACCAAAACCCAGCUGUGUGUCCAUGAAGAGUAACUGGUCAAUGGAGCAGCCACUUCACUUCAGAGACGGAGCCAGUUCUCCUGAUGUGAGGCUGUGUGUGUGUAAUCUGACAGAGGAAAGCUGUAGAGUUCUGUCCUCAGUUCUCAGUUCAAACUCCUCCAGACUGAGAGAACUGAACCUGAGUGACAAUAACCUGCAGGAUUCAGGAGUGAAGCUGCUCUCUGCUGGACUGGAGAAUCCACACUGUACACUGGAGAAACUGAGUCUGCGUGUGUGUAAACUGACAGAGGAAAGCUGUAGAGUUCUGUCCUCAGUUCUCAGAUCAAACUCCUCCAGACUGAGAGAACUGAACCUGAGUCACAAUAACCUGCAGGAUUCAGGAGUGAAGCUGCUCUCUGCUGGACUGGAGAAUCCACACUGUACCCUGGAGAUACUGAGGCUGUGUAAGUGUGAUCUGACAGAGGAAAGCUGUAGAGUUCUGUCCUCAGUUCUCAGAUCAAACUCCAGACUGAGAGAACUGAACCUGAGUGACAAUAACCUGCAGGAUUCAGGAGUGAAGCUGCUCUCUGCUGGACUGGAGAAUCCACACUGUACACUGGAGAUACUGAGGAUGUGGAACUGCAGGAUUACAGAUGAAGGUUGUGCUGCUCUGGCUUCUGCUCUGAGGUCAAACUCCUCAUCACACCUGAGAGAACUGGAUCUGUACGUUAAUAAUCCAGGAGAAUCAGGAGAGAAGCUGCUCUCUGAUCUACUGAAGGAUCCACACUGUAACCUGGAGACACUACACAUUAAGGGUAAUAAACUCACCAGGACGGCGUAUGACAGGAGUCUCACCUCAAACCUCUUCUCCAGGAUAAAGCAGUCUUGGUGAAGAGUUAGAACCCGUCCCACAUUUCCAGCAGUUUGGGAGCUGAAUCAUUAAACUUAAAGGGGCAGAGCAGAAACAAAGUCAAGAACAGGCAGAAGGUCGUACACAGGAGAAAUCAACACACGUAACCAAAUAUCUGCUGUACAAAGCAACGGCACCAAUCUGCCCCGGGGAUGGAGACUGACGAGGCUUAAGUACACGUCCGGAAAUGUGCAUCCAACUCAUCCCAAAGCACGAGGCGGGAGCAGGCGUGUACGAGAUGUGAUCGUCCAAUGGCAAGCAGGAACAUGACGCAUCGCAGUGGACUGGGCUUAAAAGAGGAGACGAGACACCCAUCCCUCCCCCGACAUAGACACACAAAUGGAACAUAGUACAAACAGAAAUACAACUGAGGACGUAACAAUGGCCAAGUAUCAAAUGAAAUGUAAACUUGCAUUGAUGAAGGUAAUGUUGUUAGUAAUUGUUUAUAAAUUACCAUGGUAACACAGAGCUCCAAGGUAUAAAAAUAUGGAAUUUGUCAUCAAACAGUAACCAGUUUUAAUACCUAAAAAAGUUUACGUAGCAAAAUUUAGCAAAGCGCUUUACAGUAAAUUAAAAUGUAAAAUUAAACUAAUGAAAUGUUGUGCAGCACAUGCUUAUGUUAAUGUUUGUUACAUUAUAUGAUCAUAUAAAUAAAUAAAUACUCCUAAAGUCA